AUGGAUAUGACAAAGCGACAUUCCGACGAGGUCGAACGUAGCACAGAUACAUCCAGCAGUUACAACUACGAAAGCAACGAUACGGGCAAACAUUCCACCAAGGGGAGCAGGACUAAAAAAUACAAAAGUGUUCCUCAACAAUGCAGCAUUUGCAAACAAAUGUUUCGCGAAAAAUAUGAGUUGAUGGAUCACUUCGGGGAGGUCCACAAAUUUCGCAUACACAAAUGUAACCAUUGCAACUACGAAACUAAGCACAAGCACAACUUGACAAGGCAUGAGAAAAUACACAUAAGAAAACAUCCGAGCAAUCGCGGCUACGUGUGUACUGAGCCCGGCUGUAACAAGACAUAUCAACAACAGCAGAGUAUGAAUUGUCACAUCCUGAUAAAUGACCAUGAGAAUAAGAAGGAAAGCAAUAAUACGGACUCAGGACCGUCCUCCGAGUGUAAUCUAUGCAACGAACUUUCCAGCGGAAUGAGCAGCAUCGAAAAGUGCACAAGAAGACAGCGACUGAAAACCAACCACAAGGGCAACUUUCAAAAGUACCUUAAAAUAAAGCAUACGAAUAGUAUGAAGGACUACAAAUGUAUUAAGAUUGGCUGUAACUGA